GGAACUUUCCCGCUUUCUUCAAGUUUCUUCUUCUUCCUUCCACCAUUUUCGUUGUGUAAGGGCUAAAGAACGGAGAAAAUAUUUGGAGCAGUAAUCUUUGUUGUGUUGUUGUCAAUUACAAAAUUCAGGAUUUCGAAGAAAUUCUUUCUACCUUGUUUUUAGAUUUUGUUUCUAAAAUUGGGGGAAGAGCUAUAAUUAGGGACAUUCCUCAAAUUGUUCGAUUUUUUAGGAAAAUUUUGGUUUCGGUUUUUUGGUCGUCGUCAUCGUCGUUGUCUGUUCUGUUUCUCAAUCUCUCAUUUUUCUCUGUUUAAGAUUGUGAAUGAGACGAAGAGCAGAAUUAUUGGGACGAGAAAAUAUUUUUUCUUGAGGGGAGAGAGAGAGAGGUAGAGACGUGAGGGUUUUCUGAAUAUUGAAUCGGACUAGUUCCUAUGGAGCCAAUUGUGAAAGGGAAUCCCACGGUGUUAUCGUCCUCAUCCUCGUCGUCGCUAAUUCUAACCUCCGGUGCCAGCGGUCGCAUAAACGCAUUGCUGUCGAUGCGAGCAUUGAAGAGUUUAAUCAUGUUGGUCAAUGCCUUCGUUUUGUUGCUACUAUUCCCUUUCCGUGGCCCGAAGCGUGGGCAAUCGGUGGCGGAUAAGCCAAGAGAUGAUAAGUCAGAAAGGAAAUGCCCGACGGUGCGGGUUCCGGCGACAAUCGUCUCUUGGAAGAGUAGUAGUAGUAAUAACAGCAAUAGUAAUAGUACCAACUCCUUGUCGCCGACGGUGGCAGUGGCGGUGGAUCAGGAGGUGGCGGUGAGACGAGCUCUGGCAAUAAGGAGGGUGGUUGAGGAUAAGGAUAAAAGUGAGGAUUCAAUAAGAGAGUUUCUUCUCUUUCAAUCCCCAAGAGGAAAUACGAUCUUUACUCAAUCGUGGACGCCUGUGUCCCUUAAGAUAAGGGGACUGGUGGUUCUCUUGCAUGGACUAAAUGAACACAGUGGUAGAUACAGUGAUUUUGCCAAGCAAUUAAAUGCAAAUGGCUAUAAGGUUUUUGGCAUGGAUUGGAUUGGUCAUGGUGGGAGUGACGGAUUGCAUGCUUAUGUUCAUUCUCUUGAUGAUGCUGUUUUUGAUUUGAAAUCAUAUCUUCAGAAGGUUUUGGCUGAUAACCCGGGCUUGCCUUGUUUCUUGUUUGGACAUUCCACAGGAGGAGCCAUGGUUCUCAAGGCGGUGCUCGACCCUAGUAUUGGAUCUUGCAUAUCAGGAGUGGUUCUUACAUCACCAGCAGUUGGAGUUCAACCAUCUCACUCCAUCUAUGCAGUCCUUGCUCCCAUAGUUUCAUUAUUGUUGCCAACACUCCAAGUUGGUUCUGCAAACAAGACAACCCUUCCAGUGACUCGAGACCCGGAUGCAUUGAUAGCCAAAUAUUCAGAUCCUCUAGUCUACACAGGAGCCAUCCGCGUAAGAACCGGUUACGAAAUUCUCAAGAUCUCUUCAUACCUGCAGCAGAAUUUGAGCAAAAUAAGUGUUCCAUUCCUUGUUCUACACGGCACUGCAGACGAAGUAACUGAUCCAACAGCCUCCCAAAAACUUUACAAAGAAGCAUCCUCAACCGACAAAUCCAUCAAAUUGCUUGAAGGUUUCCUACAUGAUCUCCUAUUUGAACCAGAAAGACAGAGUAUUAUGAAAGACAUAAUUGACUGGAUGAACAAUAGAUUGUAAAAUGGAAAAGUCUAUAUUAUUGGAAUAGAGAGAGAUGGGAAGAACCAAAAGAAUUGUGUUGGUAGAUGAUGAUGAUGGCUGCGCCAGCAUACUGGUUGUUUGAUGAUGUUUAUAGUCUACAAAAGUUCAUCAACUUGGUGAAUUUUGUGUUUAUAAGGGGAACUUUUCUGGGCUAUUUUUUCCAGUUUGGCUCCUUCAUUGUUUUAUCAGUAGGAGGAAGGUUCGCAUUCGAAUUUUGUUAUUAUCAAAUGUUCAGUCAUAACUUUUUUUCCUUUUUGUAUCAAACCGUAAAUUAUCAUCUAAGUGAACAAAAUAGCUUUCUUUUCCCUUUUAAA